AUGAAGACUGACGCUGAGAAUCGGGAUAAGCGCAAGUACUGUCGGUUCCACCAUGAUCAUGGCCACAACACGAGCAACUGUAUGGACCUCGAAGAUGAAAUCGAGACCCUUAUCUACAAGGGUCACUUGUGUCGAUACUCUAAGGAGGAGAAGUCUGCACGGAAAGAAAAAUGGCCGAGCAAAACUGCAGAAGAACCUGCUGAAAUCCGAACCAUCUAUGGUGGUUUAUCUGGUGGAGAAGAUGAUGCGCGCGGAAUCCAUCAUCCGAACGACGAUGCUCUUGUGGUGGCUAUGACCAUAGCUAACUGCAAGGUCUGCCACAUCCUAGUCGACACGGGAAGAUCAGUCGACGUCAUUUACACCAAGGCAUUCGAGAGAAUGGGUAUCGACAAGUCACAACUCCGACCCGUGAAAACCCCCUGCACGGCUUUGCCGGAGAUAGGGUGA